GUGAAGGCAUGUUGCAGGGUUCGAUUCCUCUUUUCGUCGUCUGCUCGUCACCCGCCGCCUUCAUCUUACUCCGAGACCACACCUGGCUCCCUUGGAGAGGUUUUCUGUUCCAAUCUUCUCGGUACAAGGGGGAAGAGGGGAGCUUGGAGUGGAUUGGUUCUGGCAGUGUUAUUCGGCCUUGUCAUGGGCUUUGGGGGUCAUGGAGGUACGCUGGAUGAUUGUACUUGAGAUAGAAUUUCUGAGGGAGGCAGUGGCAUGGACUUGGAACGGAGGCGAGCAGCGGCGCAGAGCUUGUUUUGACGUCUUGUUUUCGUGCCUAAAUCCGGUGAAGUAGCAUCUACGGCGUGAAGGAGAGUGGAAAAGGAGUGAUUUUGUAGAUGGGUUCCUCGUGUUCGGCGUUUCAGCUGCUCUUUGUCUGUUGGUAUGAUUUACUGUGAGGAACAAUUGAUGCUGGAUCUUCUUAAUUUCGCGAAGAGAUGGAAUCUGGGAAUGGAUUCUUCCCUCUCGAGGAUUGCCGCCUAGAUCCGCAGUGGCUCAUCGAUCCCAAGUUGCUUUUCGUCGGGCCCAAGAUCGGGGAAGGCGCUCACGCGAAGGUGUACGAGGGAAAGUACAAGAACCAAAAUGUGGCUGUUAAGGUCAUGCACAAAGAGGACAACCCCGAGGAAGUGACGAAGAGGGAGGGGAGGUUCAUGAGGGAGGUGACUUUGCUUGCCCGUGUUCAGCACAAAAACCUUGUGAAGUUUAUGGGAGCUUGCAAGGAGCCUCGGAUGGUGGUAGUAACUGAGCUUCUUCUUGGAGGAUCCCUGCGCAAGUACCUGAUAAACAUGAGGCCUAGGAAACUGGAGCCUCUUGUUGCAGUUAGUUUUGCGUUGGAUGUAGCACGAGCUAUGGAGUGCUUACAUUCUCAUGGGAUUAUUCAUCGUGAUCUGAAGCCUGAUAACUUGCUAUUGAGCGCAGAUCAGAGGACAGUCAAACUUGUCGAUCUUGGUUUGGCAAGAGAAGAAACAUUAACAGAGAUGAUGACUGCUGAGACAGGAACAUAUCGUUGGAUGGCCCCUGAGUUAUACAGCACUGUUACUUUAAGGCAUGGGGAGAAGAAGCAUUACAACCACAAGGUGGAUGUAUACAGCUUUGCAAUUGUGCUGUGGGAGCUACUUCACAAUAGGCUUCCUUUCGAAGGCAUGUCCAACCUGCAAGCAUCCUAUGCAGCUGCUGUCAAGAACUUCAGGCCAAGUGCAGAUGAGCUUCCAGAGGAGCUGGCUCUGAUCUUAACCUCUUGUUGGCACGAGGACCCAAAUUCACGACCCAAUUUUACUCAGAUAGUUCAGAUGCUUCUACAGUAUCUUUCCACUCUUUCGCCUCCUGAGCGUGUUGUUCCAUUGCAUGCCUUCAGUUCAGAAAAUAUGGUUUUACCACCUGAAUCACCCGGCACUAGUUCUUUGAUGGCAGCGCGAGAUGAAAUAGGCGAUACUACGAAGGCCGCCAGGGAUAGCAAAGGAUUUUUCUGCUUUGGCCAGUGUUUUUAGUCGCCUGCUACUUUAGGCUCUCCAAAAUGAUUAGUAAAUUCUCAGACAUGCAAUGCUAACCCUACUAUUUGCUGGUUCCUACAUGUAUGUUAGGAAUGAAACAAUAUCAUGCCUUCACCUUGUUUGUAAUUACUUCCACAUUUGGGUUAAAUUACCUGGAAAAAAUACUGGUAGAAUGUCUGAGCUUCUUGAAAUUCAGAGAUCAGAAUUAUUGGGUUCAAUAAAUGUGAAGAUGCCAGGUGCAAUUAUUAUGGACUUAGAGCAGUUGUAGACUUUCAUUCAUUCUUUAAUCUCUCAGUCGAAUGGACUACAACAGAUUCUUUCCCAAGCAAUGCCAGCUGCAAAAGGAAAACAUAAUAAAGAUUUGAUGGAUCAUCAAUUGUUCCAAGUCAGUAAGUCAUUGUUUCAACCAUCUAGUUAAUCUUUUUCUAAUUAACUUCCAUUUGAUGGCUGGGAACUAUGCUUGCACAGUUUAAGGGCACCAUCCCUCUUUCUGCAAGACCACCGUUGCUCCUCUCACUUUCCUCCCUCCCUUUUUGCCAAGGGAAAAGUCCAUUCACCGUGCAUGCGCGACCUUUAAUAAUAGUAGCUUUCCAUCUCAAUGCGUACAGAAGUGCUAGGAGAACGCAGUGGAAUGUGCACUAAGAUAAAGCUAGCCAGCCGAGGACAAUAUUACUCGUCUCUCUUUGUUGUUUUCUUCUUAUCUAUCCUUUCACCUCCUCUUCACUCCUACUUGGCUCACAAAAUUUUAUCUUUCCUUCUUUUACGAGCUGAGAGUGAUGGCAGCUUGUGGAGGCUCCCUUGUGUUCCUCUCCCCAGGAGUUCACUGGAAGUGUCGACGUCAAUCCUGUGCUCGGUCGAGAUGGCGGUUUGCUGGCCUAACAUCUUGUUGAGGAUUACUGGUGUGAUGAUGACGGGGAAUCAAGCUUGCCGGUCCGACGAUCUUUGCUAUUCAGUCAGGCUUAUUUCUGUAAUAUUCAGUCAGUGAGUUGAAUAUAUAUUGCAGAAACUUGUCCUGCAUGGUGGCUAGUGAUACUGAGAGAUAGGAAUUAAUGGAGAAUUUUUGUGGUGGUUGAAUCAUUGAAUCAUCCAUGGGUUGUAACAUGAAAAACACUGUACUUUUAUGGAUUCAAUAUAUUUGACCCCGAUCGUUUUGUUCUUCUUCUA